AUGGAGGCCUUUUUACGCGAGCCGAAUAGUUGGGAGCCGAAUGUUUCCUGGAGCAACUCAAUGACAAAUUACAGCAAUUUAGGAAACACCACAGUGAAUCCUUUGAAACGAAAUGAAGAAGUGGCCAAAGUUGAAGUUACCGUCCUGGUCCUGGUGCUGCUGCUCGCUCUGACCGGCAACCUGUGCGUCCUGUGGGCCAUCCCCACCACCAAGCACAGCCAGUCUCGGAUGUAUUACUUCAUGAAGCACCUGAGCAUCGCAGACCUUGUCGUUGCAAUCUUUCAGGUCUUACCACAACUCAUUUGGGAUAUCACAUUUCGCUUCUACGGGCCUGAUUUGUUGUGCAGGCUGGUCAAAUACCUCCAGGUCGUGGGUAUGUUUGCAUCUACCUACAUGCUUGUCUUGAUGUCCAUCGACAGGUGCUUAGCAAUCUGCCAGCCACUUCGUUCCGUGCACAAGAGAAAGGAUCGCUUCUAUGUGGUCGCUUCGUGGAUGCUCAGUCUGAUAUUCAGCACACCUCAAGCGUGCAUAUUUUCUCUGAGGGAUGUCGGUAACGGUGUGUAUGACUGCUGGGGAGACUUCAUACAGCCAUGGGGAGCCAAAGCAUACAUCACAUGGAUGAGUCUCAGCAUUUACAUUUUCCCUGUGGCAAUUUUAAGCAUCUGCUAUGGUUUGAUUUGUUUUAAAAUAUGGCAGAAUUUCAAUUUGAAAACCAGAAAGGACCACUUCGUGGCUCUCACUCAGAGGCCCUCCAAAGGCGCGCAACCCCUCUGUCGUGUGAGCAGCGUGAGGCUCAUUUCAAAAGCAAAGAUCCGCACAGUGAAAAUGACAUUUGUUGUGGUCCUUGCCUACAUUGUGUGCUGGACUCCCUUCUUCUUUGUCCAGAUGUGGUCUGCAUGGGAUCCUGCUGCACCAAGAGAAGACAUGGCAUUCAUCAUCGCCAUGUUGCUGGCCAGUCUCAACAGCUGCUGUAACCCCUGGAUCUACAUGUUCUUUGCUGGUCACCUGUUUCAUGACCUGAUGCAGUGCUUCUCCUGUUGCUGUAGACAGUACCUGCCAGCCUCCUCCUGCAGCUGUGAUCGACAGUGCAGGCACCAGAGCAAGUCCUCCACUUGCGUCAUCAACAACACCAGCAGCCAGAGGAGCCUCACACACACAUCCAGCACAGGGGGACUGGGACACUGA